AUGGACGAUUUCAAGCCCGAGCUUCUGAAGGCUCUCCUCGACUGGGUACGCGUCGAGAUAAGCUUUGCGUCCCUGGAUUUUGCAUGGAACCAGCUCGAAGACGGCCAGAUCCUCUGGCAGAUCCUCGCCAACAUCGACGACGAAUACUUUAGCGAGUCCCUGCCCAACUUUGACGAAAGCGACCGCCGCAAAUCGGAUUGGAUACCGAGAUGGCAGAACCUCAAGCACAUCGAGCGCGCCGUGUCGGCAUACAUACGGGAAGAAUGUGGGCAGCUGCCUGUGCUUACGAAGCGCAUGGUACCAGACCUGAAGACAGGCGCAAGAGACGGCUCGACAAUGCUCAUAGCAAAGCUCACCAUGGGUGUGCUGCUUGCCGCGUGCUUCUCGCCGAAGAGCAACCAACGGAUGCUGCAGGUCAUGUCACAAUUGGGCACCAAGACCGCAGAGACAAUUGCACAAGCCAUACAAGACAUGCAGUCACUGGACGCAAGAAUGUCCGAGUUGGGUGUCGACUCGGAGCUGACUUCAGAACCCAACCUGUCUGGAUACCGGACGCCUACGCGGGCUGUGUCGGGACAGGUUCCAGCAGCUGCGAACAAUAAUGAAUUGGAGCAAGAGGCGCUGCUGUUCGAGGCAAACAAGGACAGAGCUGCACUACGAACCCAGACCGAGAAGCUGAAGGCGGAACUCAAGCAGUCACAGGCUCGCAUAUCGCAACUUGAAGAGGACUUGGGCGAAGCGACACUGUACAUGGACGAUCGCAAGACACAGGCUCAGCGAGCUCAGUCGGAGGAUGUUGAACAAUUACGGAACGACCUCGCUCGCGAUCGACAGUACAUCGACCAGCUCGAGACAGACUUGGCAAAUGCUAGGGACAUACUGGACAGUCAGAAGCGGCGUCUGGAGCGAUACCAGGGCGAAGAGGGUUCGAAACAGGACUUGCGCGAUCAACUGCAGCUCAUCAAGGCUGAGCGCGACGAGCUGAACCAGCGAGCGAAAGCGAAUGAGAACCUCAAGAAGAAGAUCGAGUCGCUUUCAAAGGAAACGAAGCAAUUAGAAACGCUACGCGAGGACUAUCAGACAGCUAGAGAACGGCUGAUGCAGCUAGAAAACGUGGAAGAGCGAUGCGAGGCCCUGGAGAAGGUCAACAAGGAAAACAGCCAAACCCUGGUCAAUUGUGAACAGGCCAUUUUCGAGGAGAAAGGCAAGCGAACGAGGGUGGAGCACGAGAAUCUCCUUCUUAUGAAACAGCUUGAACAGACCCGAGAGCUGCAAUACAAGGCAGAUGACGCCAGACAAGAGUUGGAAGACCGGAUACGAGAGCUUGAGUCCUCAAGUCACGCAGCUGGCGGUGGCAGCCUGGAAGAUGAGCUCACGCAGGACGAGAAUGCUAAGAGCAUGGACGAUCUCCCAAGCGCAAGACCGACUGCAGAUGGCAGAGUGAGCGCUGAUGCGAUUGCGCUGCAGCAGAGGGUCGAAAUUCUCAGCGCCCGAUUGAGGUCUCUGGAAACGGAAACACUCAAGCAAAUGCAAGAGAACCUCGGAUUGAGAUCCGACAUGAUGAUCGAGAAAGACGAAGAAAGCGAGAAACCAUUCCUUGAGCAGAACGAGAAGCUGCAGACAGCAGAGACUGAGCUGGAAGAGCUCCACCGCAGGUUGCGAGAAAAGGAUCUCCAAGUGGCCGAGCUCCGUAACGAGCUCAAUAAAAAGGCCGACAUCAGCGAGGAAGCCAAAGCAGAGGGCCUGCAAGCUGAGCACGAGCGCAUGCUGACGUUGCAACAGAAGACUAACGAAAGGUUACGAGACCUUGAACUCGCCAAUGAGGAAAAGUCGGGUCUAUUGAGGGCUGCCCUCCUUGAUCGCGGAAACCUGACUCCCGAGCUGCUCGAACUUAAGCGGGUCGAGACGCUACGGCACAUCCGCCAGCAGAUUGAGGCAGUCAUCGAAGCACCCUCAGAGGUCCAGCCCAAGGCACUGGACGCGACUUCUACGGAGAUUGCAGAGACGGUACUCUCGGCCGAGGCUGCUUUGGAGAAAGCAAAGAAAGUAAGCAACACACAAUUUUCGCACAUCAAGUCGCCUCCCUCCGCGAACGAACAAGUCGCUCUCAGAGAUGUCUUCUUCGACGGCGGGCACGGGACAAAGUACUUGGGGUCGAAUGACGCAUAUGCUGUCGCCAAAGAGAAGAAAGGAGUCUACAACAUGUGGCUCCGAGAUCUUCAAGAACAAGUCACAGCCAACGGAACACUACGAGGACAGCUCGAAGCGGUCAAGAAAGAGACUGCAGAGAAGGGCUCGGUACGCACCCGUGGCUUUCCAUGCUCAUGGGAUUUGCAGCUAACACAAUAUCAGGUCGAACUCCAGCAAGAAGUCGAGAAUCUCCGCCGCGAGAACCAACUCAUCACAUCUGCCUGGUACGACAUGACCAGUCGCUUGCAAAGCAACACCGUCAUCCUCCAACGGAGAAGCGAGGCACCCAAGAGCUGGCUGGGCAAGCAGAGAGUCACCGUUGGUGGGGCGGGCACUACAGUAUGUCACAUACUAAACUCACAUAAGCAGACGCGUUCUAACGAUUCACAGGGCCGAAGGUAG